AUGCUACCCCGUAUCUCGCGGAAGACGAACUGUUCCUUCAGCUUCAUGACGGAGAGUCUACUGAAUGCUCCUGCUGACCUAUCUCGCGUCCUGCAAGGAAUCAGCCUUCUUGGUCAAGAACCUGAGGUUCUCAAUGCCGACAGUGUACGAGAAGAUCACCAUCGAGCGUUCAUCGCAUCUGAGUUCAUAUAUGCCUGCGCGGACGAUGACUCCAACAACUGGAGCAACUACUUCUUGUCCAGCGCGGCCGAGCAGAGUUCCCUCGUGUCGGAUGUCUCGAACGCCCCGCGCAUGUCCAUCUCGGAGGAUGAUGCAGGCAACGAACUCCUUCUGGACACAAUCCACGGCGUCUUUCCAGUCUCAUAUGACCUCUGCGCGCGCCCUUCAAAUCAGCUUUCCACCGGCGUAGAUGUGUGGCAUUGCCCCGUUGAACAUUGCCGCGAGAUCAUUCGCCCGUUCAACCUCAACCAACAGCAGUAUGAUGUUGUUCUGACUUUAUCGGACAGCUUCGACACCAUGCUCGCUCGAGGAAACGACAACAGGGUCCGUCUACGUCGUCAAGACCCGUUCAAGUUCCUACGCUAUGUCGAUGCCAUAGCUUGGGAACACAUUGCGUGGCAUCUCCACCGCAUACACAUAUCAUUCUAUUAUCCGCAUCCCCAUCUACCAUACAAAGAACGCCCAGGUUGGUGGUGGAAUGAGGCUCUCUUGGUGCGAGAUCAGCCCCUGCUGCAGCAAGUUCGGGACCACGAGAACACAAGCCGCCAGAAUAGACGUCACUGGCUAGCUAUGGAGGCGGUCAAUUCCGCUCGACGCAGGAUUCAACGCGGACGGGCUCGUCUCACUCGCUGGCGUUACAACGCUCUACAAGCUCGCAGAGACCUUAUCUCAGACAUGUUCCGCCUCAAUCGUGGCAUAGUUGAAGUCGGCCGUUCAUUAUUACACUUGGUGCGCCAGCAAGAAGCCGACCCUCGCACGCAGUUAUACUCCGAAGAGAUUGCUUACUAUCGUGAUGUCGAACUGGAGUGGGGACCCCAGCAGUUUCUCUAG